GAUCUGUUAUUCGAGGAAUUAGAAAAAAAUGAGGAGAUUUAUUCGUUAAUGAUUGCUGGUUUGUGCAAAUAUCGCAGCUCGGAAUGUGUUGCUCGUGCUACCCAGCUUUACAAAGAAAUGUGUAAGAAGAAUCAAACGCCCACAGUGGAGGCUUAUUGUGGAUUGGUGGCCAUCUCGAGAACUUGGCCAGAAGCAUUGUUUUACGUGAAAGACUGUGCGCAAAAGCAUGUUAAGCCAAAUAUCCGUAUUUUUAACUGCCUAAUCGAGAAGUCUACUUCUAUGGUAAGCCCGUUGUUCCAAUACUCGUCAUGA